GUGUUCAAAUUGGUCUUGUGAAACUUGGUUUUGUGAUGUUGCCUAGCAAAGCAGAUCCUGACUAACGCAGUUUAAAAGCCUGACGUGCCACAUAAUGCAUGAAGCGAUAUAUAUAAACCAGGAAGCAAUCCAAAGGAAACAGCACAUUUUAGCCCUGCUACAGCCCAUCCACGAGAACACGGAUGGAGAAAAUAAGUGCUGGCUGCUUUAGUCAGCAAAUGACUUCUUCCCUAUCCAGUGUUUUUCUGAAGAGAGACCACAUGAGAGAUCUCAGAAGAUACCUGGUACUCAAAUAUAUUCAGUACUUAGUCCUGCCUUCUUCAAAUACUCUCAUCACUCUUUUGGGACUUUUAGGCAGUCUGUAUACAAUACUCAUUCUGAAGUCUCCAAGCAUAUCAUACAAGUCCACUGCUGUUUUUAUUUCAUACAUAGCAAAAGCAGACAUACUGGUUUUUGUUAGCAUUGUUUCCGAGAUGAUCAUGGAGCCAUUUGAUGUUAAAAUCGUAUCUGCAGCCUUUACAACAGCCCUGUGGCAGAAUUUCCUGACUGCAAAUACACAUAUUUGCUGCCUGCUGCUAAGCUGUGUUACUUUUGAGGCCCUCUUGAUAAGCAUAUUUUCAGUAGAGUCGCGCCAUAUAAGGACUGUGAAAUAUGCCAGACGGACAUCUAAUAUGAUCUACAUUGUAGUAAUUGCAGAAUGCAUCAUUUUCCAGAUGGAGGACUUCCAAGAACCUUUUGGCCUCAACAGUCAAUAUAUUUUGUUACUUCACUUCUGUUACAGAGCAUCAUCUCUUCUCAGGUCUCUUAGUUAUUCCAUAGGUUUGUCUUUAAGGAUAAUCAAUGUAUAUAUUUACUACAAAAUAUUUUUUAAUGUGUCUAACAGGUCUAGGCUAAAGACAAAGUAAUGUACCUCCUAGAAGAAACAAGUACUCUAUAGCCCAAUAUAGAGAAUAUGGAAAAUGCUAUUGUAAAGUGAUGGGGUAUGAAUUACAUAUACAUAAGCCAGGCAAUCUAGGAUCAAGGCUGAUUGUUUUAUGACUAGGUAUUUAAGUUUGUCAUGCUGAGCUGAUGAUAUGUGUUUCAGAGGUGAGGAAAAGCUAAACUAAGCUGUCAGCCUCAGCACAAGAUUUACUUGCUUGGAAAGGCGAAGUCUGAGCCAGAAAGUUAUUGAUUUUAUAGAUGUGACAAAUUUAUUACCAAUUUAAAAUGGGUUUAAGAAAUUAAGCAAUCUGGAUAUCAUUAUUCAUAUUAAAACAAUGCUUAGAGACUGAAUCAGGGAUCCAGGCUGCAUCGGGCCAACUGCUAUACAAAUAUGUAGUAAAGAGCCAGUCCAUGCUGCAAAGAGCUUACAGUUCAAGUUAAUCAUGACACUCAACAGGUAGAUGAACUGUGUGCAUGCAGUAGCUUGCCACCUGCCUAGCCAUGAUCAACAUGCAGGGUUCUGCAAGCAGCUCACACCUGUUGUGAUAUCAUGCCAUAGCACACUACUUACAGUUACUUUUAUAUAGUUACUUCAGUACAUUAGCAAAUAGCCCCUGAAACUUCCCCCAACUGAAAUAAAGAGAAACUGAAAGGAUAGAUUAUGGCUGUCCUAAAGGGGGGUUUUCUAGUCACCCUUUCUCCUAGAGAAUUUACGCAAGAGGCAACCAUAAUUUGGACAGCUGUGCUCCCAGCAUGCAGUGAGGGGAAGAUGGACUAGUAUUAUCAACAGAGUGCCAAAUCCCAGAGGACUAUGUGCAGGAAAGGACUUGGCCAUAGAUCUGUGUGUGGCUGCUCUGAGGAAGAGUGUAGUGUGCACUUGUUACACAGUUCAUCUUGAGGCUUUAUGCAGUUCAUAGACAUAGUAAUACCUCCAGCUGCUGCAUUCCAGUGGUGCUCCACCGGCUUCUCACAACAGAGCUCAGGCUUUUACAAGCCAUAGCCCUUCUAGUAUGGAUACUAGAUUUCUCUGAUAGAAAUUUUCAAUUGACACUAGAAAAUCCCUGUUGCUUAGAAGAGGGAAUGUGGUUUUAAGGUGAAGUUUCAGAAUGAAUGGCAGGAGCCCUGCUUCUAUUCUUGGUUCUAUCCCUUCCUGCUUUCUAACCUUGAGCAAACCAUUUAUGGCCAAUUUUUCCAACAUAGCCUCUAAUUUGGUUGCCUAAAUAUCUGUGUUCCCAGCAUUGGACAUUUGUGACCAGGUUUUCACAGGGGCUAACCACCUAUCAACUCAAAUUUAAACCAAUAAGAGCUGCAGAUGCUCUGUCAAUCUGAAAGUUAUAGCUUACGUGUUGGAAAAAGGGAGAUCCCAAAAUUUAGGCACCAAAAAUUAGAAAAUUUGGCCUUUGACAUCUAUGCUUCAGUCUCCCCCAUCUGUAAAGGGGGAUAAUAAUGAUUACAUUACCUACCUCACACGGGGCUUGUGAGACUUCAUUUUUGUGAAAUGCUUUGGAAUCCAUAACGGUGGAAGUUGCUUUGGAAAUGAAAAGUGAAUCAGGACAUAUUAACAGUAUCAGUUGCCCAGCUUCCAUAUACAGCCCUCAUCUACUGUGUUUGCCAAACUUUCCAGGUACAUACACAGCUAGAAUUCACCUGCUGUGCUGCUUUAAUUUCCAGCCUCACUGUAACAAUCUACUGAUUUGAAAAGAAAUACAGUAUUCCAGCACAAUGUACAGAUACGGCCAAAAUCAGCUCACAGUUUCAGUCAGCUCUAAAUUUCCUUUCUUUGGUUUACAUUAAACCCUUACAGCCAAGGUUGCACUAAGGUCUAGAGUAACUGUUUAUGGUGCUAAACUUUCUCUGCAUUUACACUGCCGUAAGUGAAAACAGGAUUUGGUUCCUUGGGACAAUUUUUCAAGGGGCCACAAUCCAGUUUCGGAAAUUCCAGGUGCUUAAAGAGACACUGUCUGUGUCAAUUUCCUGCAAUAUCUUUGGGAGAUAUUAUUGAAUUAAGUUUAAGUAUCUUUGGGGUCAUUGUAUUAAAUGCAAAAGUUAUGUAUUAUUAUGGGCUGAGAUGAUCAAAGGACUAUAUUGAACAAUAUGGCAGACAAGAAUGAACUUAUGGGACAAUGUGUGCAAAGAGAAUUUCCUGGGAAUUAUCUAGGAGGAGGUGAAUGCAAAUUUUCCCUGCCUCUGGUUAUGCAAAAACCCAGCCCUUUGAAGCUACUCCCUGAGGAGAGGAAGACUGUCUGCUGAUUACCUGUUCCCAAUGUCCCAAGAUCAAAGACCCAAACUAUGUAAAGGAGAGACUCACCGAUUGAUGGGGGUUCUUGUUCUGAGCAAAAGCUGUUAUGAACUUGUGACCACAGAAAAACCUCUUUGUGGAAUUUGAAGGACUGAAACCUGCUAGAGCAGGGGUGGGCAAACUUUUUGGCCUGAGGGCCACAUCUGGGUAUGGAAAUUGUAUGGCAGGCCAUGAAUGCUAAUGAA